AUGGAGAAUGCUGAACGGGAAAGACACCAUCUCCUCUAUUUUUACACCGCGCUCACCAAACCUGAUGGACUCUCUGGACCUGUAUUUAGUGCAGUAGGUGUGUAUGAUGACAGAUGGAUCUCUCGCUACAGCAAUGAAGAACAAACCUGGAAAAGAGACUGUUUGGAUGCAGAAAUCUGGAGAGAUACCAAAGAACCUCGUGACCCUAGAGACUGGUUUCUACAUCAGGUUAACGCUCUGGCAAACUGCACAAACUCCACAUGUGAUGGCCUCCAUACACUACAGAGGAGAGUUGGCUGUGAGGUGGAGAAACGUCCAGAUGGAUCAGUGAUGCAUGUGAAUGCAUUUGAUGAGUACGGAUAUGAUGGAGAGCAGUUUAUUGCCUUUCAUUCUGCCACAAUGCAGUGGAUUGAGAAAACUCCAAAGGCAAAAGAAACCAGAAUGAAGUGGAACAAUCAACGAGUUCGCAGACAAGUCCUGAAGAUGGUCCUCACCCCUUUAAAUCAUAGCCAGAUGAAAAGUUUGGUUUAA